GUGUGGUGAAUUGUGUUUCGUGAACAUGGUACCGUUAGCAGGAAUAAUAUUUUUGUGCAUCGCAGCCGGUGUGAGAUGUACUGAUACGAACUCAAAUUCUACAAACUUCUCUGGGUUUGCAUUCGAGGUACUGAUGGCAAAGGUAAACCACAUGCAGCGCUUGUUCGUGGAACAUCAGCUUGAACUGAGCGAGCAGCAAGUUGACACCAACAACAGUUUGAAUACAAUGCGUGAAGCAAUACUCGAUCUGCAGUUCUACAUGCCGCUCCGAUCGUGUAAAGAAGUUCCACAGAAUGUUUCCGGAGUAUAUUCUAUUCGGUUGGACUUUGAAAGUAGCCCUUUCAAAGUGUACUGCGAGCAGACCAAGUUUGGUGGAGGCUGGUUGGUGAUACACAACGAAAUCUUUGGAUCGCUGGACUUCAAUCGCAACUGGACCGAGUAUCGGGACGGUUUUGGUGACAUUGGGCAAGAGUUUUGGAUCGGACUGGAACGACUACAUCAGCUGACAUCGAGGCGGCCCUACGAACUGAUGAUUGAGAGGGCAACCCGCAACGACGGGUAUACAUAUGGACGAUACGCAGCAUUCGAGAUCGGCAGUGAAACUGAACAAUACCAACUGAAAACCAUUGGAGCGUACAGCGGACCGGCAGAUGAUCUCUUAACACGCCUCACAGAUAUGGAAUUCUCAACGUACGAUCGUGAUAAUGACAAAAAUUUUCGACUUAAUUGCGCUGAAACUUAUCGAUUAGGUUGGUGGUUCAAUAGCUGUUGGGACAGGAGCCAACGGAACGUGAACUUCUUCCGCAUGGCUUCGUCCCGCACGGACUACUAUCCAAUGUUUACCUAUGCAAGAAUGAUGAUAAGACCAAUAAAAUAAUUGCUUC